GUCCUGUCUGUGGUACCUGCUGGCUACUUAACUUAGCUAGCAGCCUUACCUAUCAGUUACUUCUGUUCAGUAAGAAUAAAAUGAACGACAGACAAAAUGAAUUUAUUUAGUUUUCCACUCGAUGCGCAGUUGCGUUUUAAGGAAAAGAUGGAUAGCUUCAAUUCGGUUUUUCUAUUUUAGCUGUUAUAGCAUUUUGCUGAGUCCAUUUUGCGUGUAACUGGAAGUGGAAAAGACAAAGAGAAAAGAGCUUUCCAAUAGCUAGAAUGGUUUGGGCCUAAAAGGAAGACAAGAGCAACAUGAACCGUGAGGACCGGAAUGUGCUCCGAAUGAAAGAAAGAGAAAGGAGAAAUCAAGAAAUCCAGCAGGGAGGAGGAGAGGCCUUUCCAGCAAAUUCACCUCUCUUCCCCGAACCCUACAAAGUGUCCAGCAAGGAAGAUAAACUGUCAAGCCGUAUUCAGAGCAUGCUGGGCAAUUACGACGAGAUGAAAGAGCCGAUUGGUGACACACUUCCUAAGCUUGGCGGUAAACCUUCUAACAGCUCGUCUUCCUCUGAGGAGAAAUCGGGCCCACCUUUGUUUGGGGGGGACCAGCGUGCCGUCGGUAGCGGUGGCAGCAGCAGCAAGUGGACUCCUGUUGGCCCCGCAGCAGGUGGAUCUUCAUCCCAGUCUGGGAAACGCUCCGGACUUCAGGGCGGGCACGGCAGCCAAAGGGGCAGCGGCAGUAGCGGCGGCAGCAGCAGUAGCCAAAGACACGGAGGGGAGGUGCGGGAAAAGAAGUCGAGUAAACACAGCGGAGGGUCAGAGCACUCAAAGUCACACACAUCAAGUCCGGCCAAGGGCUCUCUGAGUUCCUCCGGCAGCAACAGCCACUUGCGGGGCUCCUUGUCCGCCGAACAGCAUCACAGUAAAGAGCGCUACCGCUCCAAGUCCCCGCGAGACCGAGAGGCCAACUGGGACUCUCCCUCACGGGUUCACACCUCCUUCCCCACUGGACAGCACUCGAGUCAGGCCUUUCCCCCGUCUCUCAUGUCCAAGCCUGGCUCCAUGCUGCAGAAGCCCACAGCGUAUGUGCGGCCUAUGGACGGCCAGGAAACGGCGGAAACCAAAAGCUCACAAGCAGAAAGCUACAGUGGACAGUCGCACAGCAGCACCAUGGGAGAGAUGAAGUCUAACAGCAAGGCCUCACUUUCCAAACUCAAGAUCCCUUCACAGCCUGUGGAGGGAUCUGGUGAUGCCAACUGUGUCGAUGAGAUUCUGAAGGAAAUGACUCAGUCGUGGCCCCCUCCGCUGACAGCCAUACACACCCCCUGCAAAACAGAGCCCUCCAAGUUUCCAUUCCCCACCAAGGAAUCUCACUCUUUUCCAAGUGGACACAAGCGAGGAAGUUCUUCAAAGAGCUCCAGCAGCCACCAGUCUAAAGCCUGCGAGGAACAGCCCACUAUGCUGGAAGACGACCUGAAGCUCAGCAGCAGUGAGGACAGUGAUGUAGAACAGGAGUCUGCCAAGAACGCCUCAAGGAACACAUCAGCAAGCAAUAACAGUGAAGGUGCGGAGCAGUCGAGGGAUGACUCGAGCAGCCACAGCGGCUCAGAGAGCAGCUCGGGGUCCGACAGCGAGAGCGAGAGCAGCACGACGGACAGCGAGGCCACCGAGCACCAGAGACCCGCCUCCCCUGAGCCUGAGCAACCUAUGGCCAACAAGUGGCAGCUGGACAACUGGUUCAAGAAGGCCAAGCAGUUCUCCCCAGCCUCUCCAGUGGACAACAAUGUUCCAACCAAGUGCAAGAAGGAGGGCAGAGAUAAUGGCUCAGGACGAGGCUAUAGCAGCCAGGGAGGGAGCUCAAAAGACUCAGCAGCACCCACCCCGAGCAGGGACCUACGGGCGGCACAAAAGGGUGCAGAGGGUGGCCGUGGGCGGCAAAAAUCCCCCGCCCAGAGCGAGGGUGGCACAAGUGCACGAAGGAGUGUGGGUAAAAAGCAGCCCAAAAAGUCUGAGAAGCUCCCAGUGGUGGAGGAGCCUAAGGGUGGUCUGAGGGUGGAGAGUGAGCCGGCCCCCGAGAUCCCCCCUAAUCGACGCAUAGCUGCUACUAAAGGUGUUCGCAAACCAACCAUCAAAAAAGAACCCAAAUCUUCCCCCCGGCCAACCGCUGCUGCCGUCACCACAACCGCUGAUAAACGAAAAGCCAAGGCACCGACGAAGACCUCCCAGAAGUCUCGCGAGUUUGUCGAUACGGACUCUUCGUCGUCAGACUCCGAGGGGAACGACAGCAUCCCGUCGUCAUCACAGACCCCUAAGUACACAGAGAGCAUCAGGACCCCUGUGUGUGUGUUUUCUCCAAUGGAGGAAAAAGAGCUGCUGUCUCCACUCAGUGACCCUGAGGAGCGUUACCCUGCAAGGCAACCCCAGCAGCAGGUUUUACUAGUGAAGAUAGAUCUCAGCUUGCUAUCGAGGAUCCCAGGGCGGCCCUACAAGGAGCCUGUAGAGAUAAAAGUGGAGAGGGACGACUCUCUAGACAGGGACAGCAAAGACUUCAGCAAACAGAGCUCUGAGAAGAGCUCGAGCAAGGGCAAGAGGAAACACAAGAACGAUGAAGAAGGCCUCAAGCCAGAGAGCAAGAGAUGCAAGCUGGAGGACAAGUCCCUGUCUCAUCAUAAAAACAGCAGUAAAGAGUCUAAGAGGUCGUUGGAGAAGAAAGAAGAGCCAGCCCCCUCCCCUUCCAUGUCGGGUCUUCAGCGAACGCCCAAGGCAGAACACCCGAGUCGAAAGAGGACAGUCAGCCAGUCCUCUACCUCUUUGUCCAGCGGGACAGGAAGUGGAAAGGAGGGAAGCCUCAGCACCAAGGGCAACUCCUCCUCCAAACACAGAAAAGGAGAGGACAAGGGACGCAGCACACGCGAGGGCAAGGAGAAAUCCUCAAAGAGCUGCGAUAACCAGCUGGCUGUGCCUCCGCUCACCACCGAAGGCUCCAAGGCUCAGAGAUCCAAGCUGGUGUUUGAGGACAGGGUCCAUUCGGCAGAUCACUACCUACAAGAAGCCAAGAAACUUAAACACAAUGCAGAUGCACUGUUGGAUCGUUUUGAGAAGGCAGUGUACUAUCUGGAUGCCGUGGUGUCUUUCGUUGAAUGUGGAAAUGCUCUGGAGAAGAGCGCCCAGGAAGCAAAGUCUCCCUUCCCCAUGUAUGCUGAAACGGUGGAGCUUAUCAAAUACACUAUGAAGUUAAAAAGCUACCUGGCUCCAGAUGCUACUUCAGCAGACAAAAGGCUAGCUGUGCUUUGCCUACGAUGCCAGUCUCUUCUCUACCUGCGGUUAUUCAAGCUGAGGAAGGACAGCGCACUAAAAUACUCCAAAACACUCACAGAACACUUAAAGAAUUCUCUGAGUAACACCCAGGCUCCCUCUCCUGGAAUGGGAAACAGCAAGGCAGCAGGCAUGCCCUCUCCGGUGUCUCCCAAACUGUCGCCAGGCACAGCCGGCAGCUACUCGUCGGUCAGCAGCAGCAGCAGCGCCAGCUCCUCAGUGACCAUACCUCAGCGGAUCCACCAGAUGGCUGCCAGCUACGUCCAGGUCACAUCCAACUUCCUGUACGCCACAGAGGUCUGGGACCAGGCGGAGCAACUGUCCAAGGAGCAGAAAGAGUUCUUCUUGGAGUUAGACAAGGUGAUGGGUCCUCUGAUCUUCAACACCAGCAGCAUGACAGAACUGGUGCGUUACACGCGGCAGGGCCUCCACUGGCUGCGACUGGACGCUAAGCUUAUUCCUUAGCAGGGACUCCCUCCCUGUGCGCUGCUUCCACACACACACACACACCUCUGCAACAUGUGCUCAAAGACACACACGCAUGCCCUCACAGACAGACACACAUUUAAAGGAUGUACUGUACGCACACACACACACACACAGUCCACGUCUGGUCCUCCAUGUACACACACGUUGAUGAACUUCUCAGACAUAUCUCCAACACUGUGUCCAUUUUCUACACCAGCUUGCCAAAAACACUGAGCAAUCCAGAGCAUCUCACACCGUCGACAGUCUACACAGGGAGAAGCAUCCAAACUGCAGCACAGGAACAAAAAGCUUAUGCUUCAUAUAUCGGCAUUCAUACAAUCUUUGAAGGCCAUGGUUUUAUCUAUUCGGCACAGAAGCGCUGGGUGAAUUAUUUGUUAUGGAAUCGCUUAAAAAUGGGGUUUGGUUUUUAGGCUACUUUUGGCUUUUUAACUUUUUAUUUGACUUUGUCUCACCAAAGUACCUCCCAUAAACACCAAAGGUGCUUUAAAAUGAAGGUUUCUCUUUAUCAUUUUUGUGCCUUGUAUGUGAGCAACAGGAAAGCAGACGCCCCUCAUAUCUGAAUCAAUUGUUUUUAUUUUCCCUUUAAACUCAUUUUAUGCAUUUUUAAGCAUUUUGCAGUUGAAGCUGGCAACAUUUAUGAUUUUAAAUUGCAGACUUUCAGUUGAAAAUCAAGUCCUGUUAAUGUAUUUUAGAGCAAAGAGGACGUUGGCCACAAAUGAAGCAUUACACUAUUUUAAUUUAUCUUUCCUUCAGAAGCGCUGAGCUUAUCUUGAAAAAUGCCUGAAAGUUUUAAGGCCGGACUGUAGGAAAGGCCACUGUGCACAGCAGAUUAAUACUUCUGACAUGCACAUAUUUAUAAAUGUUCUCUUUAUCGGUCAGUGUAUUGGAUUUUUAACAGUGUCAUCCUUCCAGAAUCACUAACUCCUUUUAAGCCCUGCUAGAAAAUGUUGGUCAAUUAUUACAAACCACUGUACUCCAGUUUGGUGCAAGGAGCAGCAUGGCCUCUAGAGGCUGCUAGCAAGGGCUUUUAGACUCUCGACCUUAAUACAAAUAUAUCACCUUAAUGUUCUCUGUAAGAGGUUUGCGGUCUUUUGAAGCUCCAGAAUACAGGUCACUUCCUAUAAAAGGUUUCUUCACUCAUAGCUACAUUGUUCAUUGAGAAAUAUCCUCCAGGAAGAGUCGCAUCCAGACAGUGUUAUUCUGUUUUUGAUCUCCUUUGUUUGCUCAGAGUGUAUUUUUCUAAGUAACAGCAGGGAGUGUCUUAAGUAUUGAAGUUCAUUUCCACAUAUACAAUGCAGUUAUUUACAUUGCCGUUUAUAAAAGCUAGGCCUGAGUGACCACUAAUCUGACACAAUAAAAGCAAAUCCAUACGGAAGGAAAUACUUAGAGGCAAACUCAUCAGUGUUGCUUUUAUAGAACAAAGAGUUUUUAAAUCUAUCAUUAUAUAUAUAUUUCAAAAAAGGACUAUAACAGGCCAAUAAAGAUUUUAUUUAUAUACCAAACAGUUUUUUUUUGUUGUUUUUUUCUCUGGCCAAGCAGAAGUAUAACUUUUCAAAUGCAUUCUUUUAAAACAGGGUUAAACCAAGGGUUAUGAGAUGCAAAGUAUUUGUAAUGUAAUUUUUCCUAUUUAAAUUGUAUCCAUACUUUUAUUACAAGAUGGUGGAUAUGAAACAUGUCAGCCAGUAGUUAGGCGGAGUAACACUGUAUGCCAACUAUCCAGAUAUGAACAUUUCUGUUACUAGUUUGACCUUUUCUGGUUGUCAUCAAGGGUAAAGUGGUGUUUGUUUGUUUUUUUGAAUGAAGCUGUUAUGACACUUGGGUGUUUGGUAACACUCAAUGACAUGAAGGAAUGUCCUUUUUUUGUGCUUACUUGUUAAAUCACUUCCUUCUAAAACAUGCUGGAAAAGUUCAAGCCUGGGUCAAAUGGUAUUAAAACUAUUAUUGGUUUAUUUUGAUAAAUGAUGGGAUCAGUUUGACAAAAAGAACGCAACAGAAGUCUUAACUUUUUAGCACCUUUCUUACAUUUUCAAUCAUAAAUCUGGUGCAUUUCAUCCAUCACCCUUUACAUCUCAAGACAAAAUACAUAUUAGUAAUUGUACUAUUUGGCUCAGAUUUGACCUUUUUGGGUUAUGUUUUGUAUUUUUUUUUAUCACUGGCUCCCUGGUCUUUAUUGUAGGAGGGGAUACUGUUAUUUCCUCUGGCACUUGAAAAAGAGAAAGCCAGACGAGGUAUGAUUUUAAUCUAUGCAGGAUUUUUACAACAACAAAAAAGGAUCUGUUUCUUUGGAAUAAAUGAAAUAUUUUGGCUUGGGAUUUUUUUUUCCCAGCUUCUUUCUUUUUCCCGCCUCAGUGAGAAACCUAUUGAACUCAAGUGUCCAAUGCCUUUAGCUUUUGCAAUUUUGUCUACUGGUUUAGUAUAUAUGUGUAUAUAGGUCUGUUUUAUAACCAAACACCGAUGGCUUGAGCCAUUUUGUACUUAAAGCUGGAGGCCACUUUUCUCAUAGGAAUUACUCUGUGGGUUUUGCCAGCCCAGUAAAUGUCUUCAUACACUGGUACACUUUGUAAGUACAGGUCCGCGCCUUGUGUUCCCUACACUAUCUUGUAGUCAAAUGUACAACAUUUAGCAUUAUAGUAAUUUUUAACAGUUUGCUACUCACACUUAUUUAUUUUUCUGCCCCUUUGCUUAAUAUUUUUUUCUAUUUUGCCAUUUUAAGGAGUACCAUUUUAUGAGAUAAGAUGAUGUAAAUGUAUCGGGGUUGUUCAUGAUGAGAUUUCCUUGUAAGUAGUAAUUAAUAUUAAUUCUAACUUGAAAGAAUCCAGGGUAAGAUGAGUUUUUUUUGACAUUCGGUAGGAAGAUGUUAACACUUGCAUGUUUCUAUUUAAAUACAAAUGUAUAAAUUGUAAAUAUAACAUUUCUUUAAGGGUGAAUUUCUACUACAGGUUGACAUUUUUAUUGAAAAUUAAAAAUGCUGUAAAUACAUCUUGUGAGAUACUUUAUGCACAUUAUUUUUCCUUCUGGGCUUUUUUUGUUCACUUCUUCCAAGCUGUUACAGAGUACAUCCGAGUCUCUUAACACUGUAUAUCACAUUGAUUUCUCACUCCUUUUUUCUUACCGCUCUUGUAUUCUUUGUCUUCUGCUUCAUUGUCUCCCAGUACCAUGGUCGCUACAAAAUCAUUAAUGUCUCUAAAUCCAAGUGCGAAUAUUUUGUCUUCUCUGUAUUUGAUAUGGAGGCGUGUUCUUUUCAUGAAGUGUAUAUUGUUGAUCUCAUGGGAUGGAUGGAUGGAUGGAUGGUGUGUACAGUCUGUUGUUUAAAACCACGUCUGUUUCCUCCUCACGAGAGCAAUGUAUUUACUAUGUGUCCCUUUUGAACAAUUGGUCCAACAUGUCUUUUGAAACAGGUAUUUCUCUACAGGUCAAAACAGUUGUAGCAGUUUAUACAGUAUGUUGUAUAACACCUUUUUUCUAAAAAGUCGUCUCUAAAUGGAGGCCAGCAGCAUACACUAUGUACAUUAGUCUAAAUUGGAUUAGUUUUAAGAGAACUGAUGAUAGAGAUACUAUAUAUGAUGGAUGCAAUAUGAUUAAAGGUACUCAAUGAGUUUGAUCUUCAAACUUAGGUUAUGUAAUUUAAAGCAUUCUUGUGAAGUGAGUAUUAAUUGUGACUAAUGAGAGUCUGUCCUGAAUAUUCUUUGUAUUUUGCCGUAUUGAGAAUAAAAUAUAUAUGGAUAUGUUUAA